AUGGUCCAAUUAUUAGAUGCCCAUGAAAAAUAUGGCGAUGGAAACCAAAUGUUAGUAGCAGCGGAGCCAAUUGCUACCGGCGAAAAAAUAUGGUGGUGUACUUGUGGGGAUGAUGACUAUAUGAUGUCUAGAGAUGAAAUACUACAUUUAAUCGAAACGCAGCCUCAUUUAAAAAAUUUUCUUUGCUUUUAUUCGUAUAUGGCUGAAGAUGAUAUGUAUAUGAUUCCUCGUAGUUUUACUGCUCAACAAAACAAUGAUGAAUGUGUUUUGUUUAAUCAUUCGUGUGAACCUAAUUGUGGUUUCGAUUCUGGCGAUGGAAAUACAAUUGUUGCUUUACGACCAAUCGCUAUUGGUGAGGAAUUAGCAUACGAUUAUCAUUUUCUUGAAACUGAGGCAUCAUUAAUUCGUGGCUUGGAAUGUAAAUGUGAAACACCAUCGUGUGUUGGUCGAAUUAUGUUUGAUCGUUACCGUGAUGAAGAUUUUCAAAAGCAAUACUAUCAAUAUAUGUCACCAUAUUUACAGUCGCGUGUACGUGAAUUAAAAACAAAAUGGUAUUCAAGCAAAUGUUUCACGCGUUCGGCGACACCAAAUAAAACGAAAUCAUUACAUGCACUUGAAUGGAUUCGCACUGGUGAAGUUGUAGCACGUUUCUCAGGUUUAAUUAGUGCUGAAAAUCAUUUUAUUCGCGCAGCAGAGGAAGGUGAAGCGACAUGUGCAGUCAAUGAACAUAAACAAGUAAUUGCUUUAUGUGAUUUACCACCAGAAGCUGAAUUAACGUUGAAUUAUCAUGGAAAACUGUUGUAA